AUGGACACUGCAAAAAACAUUACUAUCGAUGAAUUUAGAAAAAUCAGUGCAAAUCUUAGAAAAAAUGCUAGUGAAGUUGCCAAAGAGCGCCAAUUACAAAGACAGAUCAAGAACAAGAAAACUUCUCAAUGCCCUGCCCAAUUAAAUGCUGAACAGCCUCCCUUUAAUCAAGUUAUUUAUCCAGUUACAAACGGUCAACCUCAAGAAGGGGGUUAUCCCCAAAAAAUCUCAGAUUCUUACCAUUUUGAAAAUCCUUUAAACAUCUCACCACAGAUCCCAGAUUUUUCAAAUCCAGGAGAUGACUACCCUGAUUUGGGAUUUGAUCCAUUUGAUUUUCCUUUGCCGUUCUAG